AUGCUUGCACUGUUUCUACUCGACGUAGCAACUGUUUUGCGGACUCUCUCCACUACAAACGUACUUGGCCCUUAUCCAUUAGAUGCGUUCACAAGGGGGCUCGUGCUACUGCUGCUCAUGUUACUGGUUCUCGUAGCUGCAGCAGCAUGGCCUCGCGCUGUUCAUGCAUAUGAGCUUUAUCAGCGACGCCAAGAACUAGAAAAAAUAACGAAAGAGCAAGAAGCACAAAAGCUUCGCAGGCCGUCUCAAGCGCGUCCCUCUGUUACAGCCAUGCUAGCGCUUUCUUUUCAACCUGAAUCCUCAACAUUCGCUGCCCGGUGGAAGAAAGUAGCCAGUAAAACCAGGUCUGCAGGCAUCACUUUCUUUUAUUGUACGCUAGGCGCAGCCACAAAGCUGAGGGCAGCAGUAACCUUAUUUCUUCUCCCUGCAUUUCUGGCCAUUGCAUUACCACUGAUCUUUUGUAGUGAUCAAGCUGAUGUAUGUGAUUCUACAGGAUUGUUAAUACUUAGGAUAAUAUCCUUUCUAGGUGUAAUCACACUCUUUUCACACGCUACUGCUGUGCUGCUGCGUGACGUGAGGGCCACUGCAGUGGCUAGACAAAGUAGGCAGCAGGAAGAAUACCUCAAGCAGCGGGAACUGGAGUAUCUCCUGUUCAUUAACGAUGAUUGGAUGGAGAUAAAGGUCUGGCUAGUGUCUUCCUUUAAAGGCGGCCCAUUUCGCAGCUACUUUAGGAUAUGGUUGUUGCUUCUAAAAGCAGCUCUUAUUGUCUUGUCGUCCCUUCUGGGUCAACGUAGCGACCUUCUACCUAGUGGUCUAGGAUGGCUUGUGAGCUUCUUUGUCAAACCUGCUUGGUCUUCGGUAUCUACAGUCACCACGAACUCACUUGGAGAAGCCAUAAGUCAUAAACCAUUAGGACAGGAGGCAAGAACAGCAGUAGCUGCGGCGGUGUUAUUGCUCUUCUGUUUUUUGUCGAUCGUGCGCGCACCAUUUAGAUGCCACAGCAGUAAUUGUUUGCAUUAUAUUGUAUUUCUUCAUUUGGGGGGCAUCAGCGGCAUAGCUUUGGCUGCGGCGGGUUCUGGAGCUAAGGCAAAUUCAUUUCUUCUGUACUCUAAUCAACACCUGCUUCUCGCAGUGGUGCACGCCUGCACAGCGGGACUAAUUUUAACUCUCUUUGGUUUCUGCCUGAUCCGGUGCUUCGUACCAACUGAAAGCCCCCUACUUCAGCAGUAUGAAUUGAUGAUCGGCUGCGGCAAUGACAGCAACAAAAGCAGAAGAAACAUGGCAGGCAGUAGGGCGACAGUCCUUUCUUUCUUCCACAAUAUCUGGCUUACGAUCAGUUCUUUGUGGGAGGGUUCCCUUCUUCAAAAGAGCUGCGGUGGUAGUCAAGAUAUCUGGAGGAGCAGUAGCAACGAUAGCGUGCUAGCAAUCGGCGAGAAAGAAAUACAGGAAAACGAUUAUAGCCUUCGGCCCUUUGAGGCCCCUUGGCCUACUAGGCGUCAGCAUGCUCGUUUCUGGAUUCGUGUAGCUCCAAGACUAAUAGAACAACUUGCUGUUUCAAACCUGUUGGUGCAGCGCUACGCAGUAACAGAGAAACAGUUGCUACCUGUACACUUGGUAAAUACAGCAUUUAGAGAUCUAGAAGCACUUGUUGUACAGCAUAUUGGAGCAAUCGAAGAAAGGGACACAAGACGCAGGAGCAGAAGACGCUGCAGUAAAAAGUCUAUCGAAAAGAAAGAGCAGUCCUUGGAGCAAUGGCUAGAAGAGCUAAGAGCCAAAACAUCGUCAACGGAGCCAACCGAAGCCGUCGCAGAGUAUACUCAUAAAAAUUCUGACCAAACGACAAAGGAGCCAGUCGGUAGAGCGGAGCGCCCAUCACAAGAUGAAGGCUAUGUUUUCAAGCAACAGCAGCAAGCGAGCGAGGAGAGCUUAUGGAGCGUUGACAGUGCCGCCGCAGCAGCAGCAGACAGUGCUGCAGCAGCCAUGCCCAACGCUCUGGCAUUCCGGCACUUAGAAAGGGCUGCACAUCUUUCAACCGUGUUCGGCACCGCAAACCUAAAAGAAUUGCACAACUUGAAGACAAUAAUCAGAGCCAUUGAAUGGACCGUUGCCGAAGUGUUUGAGAAAAUGUCAGCGAUUCGUGCAGCUGUAGCAGCAGAGUCGAUAUGGCAAGACAGUGCUCCUACCCCAGAAACGCAAGGGCUGCUGCGUGAAUUUGCAGCUCACUUAAAUAAACGAAAGCGGCAGAUGGCUUUGUUACAGCCAGUCAGGGAGAGAAUACUUCUAAAGCUUCUUGCUCUUAGGUUUCUCACUGACACUCCCUUACAGAGGAAGAAACGAGAAGAGGAAAAGCGGCAGCAAAUGGCACAGCUGUUUGGAGAAGAAAGCAGUAUCAUAUUCUUCGCAUCGGAAGAUUAG